AUGUGUGGAAGAUACGCUUUAGACUGUACGGGUGGACAGCUGGAGCGUCGCUUCACAGAGAUGGGACUUGAUUUUACCAACGAAAGAGGAGACACUUACAGUAAUCAACCUUCGUACAACGUCGCACCAACAAGCGCAUCACCAGUGUAUACACAUCACAAGGUGCUUAGAGACAUGAAAUGGGGCCUCAUUCCCUAUUGGGUUUCCGAUGUUUCAAAAUCUCAACCUUACAAGACAUUCAACGCCAGGUGCGAGAAUAUCUCAUCGAGCAAAAUGUGGACGGCGCCCUGCAAAAGAAAGAGGUGCGUGGUUCCUGUGAGUGGCUAUUUUGAGUGGCAAACGAAGGGAAAGCGAAAAAUUCCUUACUACCUGACUAGAAGGGACAGUGAACUAAUGUUUCUGGCUGGGAUGUAUGACUAUGUGCAGUCGGAAAAUUUGUAUACGUUUACAAUCAUAACCGCACCAGCGCCGUCCAAUCUAGUGUGGCUGCAUACGAGGAUGCCCGUAGUACUGAAUCGGGGGUCAAAAGAAUGGGCUACUUGGCUUGAUACCUCCAAAACUGAUUGGGACGAAUCAGAACUACAAAAAGUUCUAGAGGCACAGUGUAACGAGGAUGAGCUCGAGUGGUGGCAGGUAAGCUCAGACGUGGGAAAGGUGUCCAAUAAUGGCAAGUACCUCAUCACGCCGGCAAAGAGCUCGAUGCGUGACUUUUUCAAGAAAGAGAACAAGUCAUCCAGUACUUUAGUCCACGAAGAGAGGAAGCCUCAUGUCAAGGAGGAAGAGGAAGAGCCUCAAUUGAAACCCAACAAGUCAAAGUUUGAAGUUAAACUUGAGGAAGCAGAAGAGAAGGAGAAACCAAUUAUUCGUGAAGAGGGUGACCAGCUUGAAAAAGGCCUAAACGAGCAGAUCAUCAAGAAGAAGGACAGCCAAAGUGUAGACAUGGUGAAGCAGGUAGAGGAAAAUGGGGACGGUCAGCAGAAUCACAAGCGGAAGAUACGAAAGGCAGGGAUCCAAGACAUGCUACGAAACGCACCAAGGAAGCGGGUAAGGAGAUAG